ACUCUUGCUGAGGCGGAGGCUGAGGCUUUGAGCUGAAUUAGUCGUAUUUUCUUUGGUGCUUUUUCGAAUCGCCUUCCUUCCACGCGCACUCCCUUUGCCCCUUUGCUUCUCUCUAUAUCUCCAUUUUCCAUUCCUCCAUUCCUCCAUUUCUCUUUUCCUGACCCCAUUUUCCCUUUUUUCUCUUCCCCAAAUCCCAUCGGCGACCCUCCCAACCCUCUCCCUCCGCCGGAUUCUGACGUUUUCACCGCCAUUUCCGGCUUCUCAGGCCCCAUUCUUCGUUGCCCAUCAUUCAAUAUUCCAAUUUUUGUUGUUCUGGUGGUGGGAUUUCGAGGGGGCCGAAUUUGGUAAAGGUUGUGCCAGAGGGGGAGGUCGAAGAUUAGGGCUUUUGGUCGAAAUCAUGGAGACCUCGGCUUCCAAUUCUGAUCCUUUCUCCAAUUCUUCGUCACCCACUACUGCUCGUAGCUCCUCCAGAUUUGGGUUGUCUCUCCCUUCGAUGAAUUUCUUCCGUUCGCCUUUGUCCGUCAUCUUGGAUUACUCCGGGAUUCUGCCCACCAGGGCUGUUCGUCACGAAUCCGAGCCUGUCCCCGUCAACGGCGCUGCGACGCCUGAUUUGCGAGUUUUUUCUCAGAAUCAUAAUCACUUGAUCACUCCUUCUUCUUCUUCUUCUUCUUCUUCUACUGCCACCACCUCAUCCGGUAAUUCCAGCCCCUCUGGGGAGGUCUCGAUCAGGAUUAUUGGGUCUGGCGAGCAAGAUCCUUCUUCUAGUGGCUUGCUGCCAUCUCAGGCUCUGGUGGGACAGGCUGGUUAUGAACAAAAUAGCGGACGUUCUGUUUCCGGGGAUCAGCCGGAAUCCCCUGAUGAGGAACGUGUUCCCUUGGUGCCCACCGCUUCUUCAUCUAUUCAAUCUGGAAGCAGUCGCGUCGACGGAGAAUCUGGAAAUGGCGUGGAGGAGAGUGUCAAUAGAGACUCGUCUUAUCAGAGAUACGAUAUUCAACAGGUUGCCAGAUGGAUUGAACAGAUUCUUCCAUUCUCUUUGCUACUGCUGAUAGUCUUUAUCCGUCAGCAUUUAGAAGGUUUUUUCAUCACAAUUUGGAUAUCAGCUGUUAUGUAUAAGUCAAACGAUAUUGUCAAGAAACAGACUGCUCUAAAGGGAGAGAGGAAAAUUUCUGUCCUUGCUGGUACUUCUAUCGCAUUUUUGGUUCAUGUAAUUGGAAUUUACUGGUGGUCUCAUACUGACGAUCUUCUGUACCCACUGGUCAUGCUUCCACCAAAGACAGUACCACCUUUUUGGCAUGCCUUGUUCAUCAUUUUGGUUAACGAUACAAUGGCGAGGCAGGUUGCAAUGGCUCUCAAGUGUUUUCUGCUUAUUUACUACAAGAAUGGCAGAGGCCAUAAUUUUCGUCGACAGGGUCAAAUUUUAACUCUCGUGGAAUACACUCUUCUGUUGUACCGUGCAUUAUUACCAACACCUGUAUGGUACCGGUUCUUCUUGAACAAAGAUCAAGGAAGCCUCUUUUCAUCGCUGACAACAGGAUUAUAUUUAACUUUCAAGCUAACGUCUAUUGUUGAGAAGAUUCAAUCAUUCGUUGCUGCAUUUAAGGCCCUGUCACGGAAAGAAGUUCAUUAUGGAUCAUAUGCCACAUCAGAACAGGUAAAUGCUGCGGGAGAUCUCUGUGCUAUUUGCCAGGAGAAGAUGAAUGCUCCAAUCCUGUUACGUUGCAAGCACAUCUUCUGUGAAGAUUGUGUUUCUGAAUGGUUUGAAAGAGAAAGAACUUGCCCUCUUUGUCGGGCACUGGUAAAGCCUGCAGAACUUCGAACAUUUGGUGAUGGGUCAACUAGCUUACUCUUCCAGUUGUUUUAACCGAGAAAUGGAACUAACCGAAAAUUUUCCGUUUCUCGACAUAACAAUUUUAUCGGUUUGACGAAAAAAAGAAAGAUACUGUUCAUCAGAUGGAAACACAGGAGAUGGAAACACAUGGGGGAAGAAGAAGAAGAACAAAGAACAAGGAAAAGGAGGGGAAAAAAACAUCCAGAUGAGUUUAAAGAUAUUGUCUAAACCAAAACUGGAUUAGUAUUAUAUUAAUGCUUUGUAGUCACUGUGACGAGUUAGUUGUUCAAACAGAAGAUGGAUUUAAUAAAAUCCUAUUUCUUCAUUGAAUACAAUGAAAUCUGAUUUUUUAACUAGAGGGAAUUCCAGCGUAAUAAUGAGCAUUUAUAUGAA